CUCCAUAUAAACCUAAAUAAAUACGAAUUUUAUAUAAAAAGGGUAUCAUUCUUAAGCUAUAUCAUUUCGCUGGAGGGCAUUUCAAUAAACCUAAAAAGAAUUAUAAUAAUUGUAAAUUCAAAAACCCCGACGAGCGUUUAUAAUAUUUAA